UAUACCGGGGUAAAUCGAUAAAAGUUUAACUUUGCAGGUAAAAAACACAUUGACACCAUAAUGCCAACUUCAAACCGAACAAAGGCGACAGCAAUAUUAUUUAAAAAAUCGAAUGACUAAAAAAUAGAUGUAUGAAGACACAAUAUUGCCAGUAAGAAACAAGCUUCGCAUUCAGAGCGAAUCGCAAAUUCGCAUUUAUUUUGUGCAAGAAGAAACGACUAGAUCCUUGACGGUCUUGAAAUGGCUGGAAUUGGCCACGUGUUUGCUGAGCUUAUGCUUUACGAUUGCGGCCAUAAAUGCGACUUUAGGCGCUAUCAAUGGGGCAACACUAAUCCUCUCCACCUCCUUUAGCACCAUUCUUGUAAUGGCGGAAGUUACUUACCAGUAUUUCAAACGGGCUUUGCCUUUAACGCUGCAAGUGUUGGCAGCAGGAGUAAACUUGGCGCUAUUCACCGGAGUCACCUUCUACAUCUACAAAAUGCACUCCCCUCACGAAUUGAUACAAGUCCUGCUGGUGCUAGACGGAAUUAUCGCCAUAGUGUUUUUAGUGGAUGUAACCAGCAAAAUCAUAAUUUCCACCUACCUCUUCCAAACAACCCGAGUAAAAUCGGUGGCGGAUGUCGGUGUAAGCGCUUUUGUUACCCCGCCUUCGUAUGGCCGCCCCAAACCGCCAAGAUCCGUCCAAACCACCACGCCCAUCACGUAUGGGGGCACAUUUCCGAUUGGGAAAAACCAACCGCCCUUCCUGCCACAAGAACGCAGCUUUUCACCGGAAGAUUACUCACCAUCGGAGCGAAGCCAUCGCCAUAAAUCAGCUCAGACUGCUCAUUUUGGAGACUGCAGAUCAGUAGCGGAAGCCGCUAGCGCAGAGCGAUCGAUCAAGAAACCGCAAAUGGUGCAACUGUUUGCAAGGCAGGAGAACAAAGGGCAACGGGAGUUUGUCGCAGGAACCUCGACAGUCCCGCCGUUCUACCUCGACGAAGAGCGCAGAAAAAAGUCCCCUUGGACCUGCUCCACUCCGAACACCAGCAGGAAAUUUGAGGCCCGAAAGCAGGCUUCAAUGUCCACUCCAAUCACUUACAGCGGGACUUUUGCCGUUAACAAGGAACUAGUGCCGAUUACACUUGAGGGCAUCAAAGGAACUUCUCCCAAGUCUUCGCCGCGCGCUCGCAAGUUGCACAGGUCGGAGAAAAAAUCCCCCGACAAGGCAGAAGGCGCUUUUCUGGAUAUCGGGCGACUGGACCACAUUUCCGAAGAAAAACUCGCCUUGCAACUAUCAGCGGAAAACUGCUCAAUCGGCAGGUCCAAUUGUGGCUUUUUUGAUGCUCCCGUACUACCGGGCACGGUGUUGGACGGAUGUGACUAGGAGCUUAAGAUAAAUAGUCCUUACGAGUUAA